CAACGGCACGACGAGGGACAAGUUCCACCGCUGGACCUCGAACUACUUCUUCUGUGGUUACGUGGCCAGGUAAAAUGAGUUCUGGGAGGUGAUCAGCGAUGAGCAUGGGAUUGAUCCCACUGGCACCUACCAUGGAGACAGUGACCUCCAGCUGGAGAGGAUCAACGUCUAUUACAACGAAGCCACAGGUGGGAAAUAUGUCCCGCGAGCUGUUCUCGUGGAUCUCGAACCGGGCACCAUGGACUCCGUGCGAUCUGGCCCGUUUGGCCAGGUAUUCCGGCCGGACAACUUUGUCUUUGGUCAGAGCGGCGCUGGAAACAACUGGGCCAAGGGCCACUACACGGAGGGCGCCGAGCUCGUGGAUUCCGUCUUGGACGUGGUGAGGAAGGAGGCGGAAAGCUGCGAUUGCCUGCAGGGCUUCCAGCUCACCCACUCCCUGGGCGGGGGCACGGGCUCCGGCAUGGGCACCCUGCUCAUCAGCAAGAUCCGCGAAGAGUAUCCCGACCGCAUCAUGAACACCUUCAGCGUGGUGCCUUCUCCCAAAGUGUCGGACACGGUCGUCGAGCCCUACAACGCCACGCUGUCCGUGCAUCAGCUGGUGGAGAACACGGACGAGACGUACUGCAUCGACAACGAGGCUCUCUACGACAUCUGCUUCCGCACGCUCAAACUCACCACACCCACCUACGGUGACCUCAACCACCUAGUGUCAGCCACGAUGAGCGGGGUCACCACCUGCCUCAGGUUUCCUGGCCAGCUGAACGCAGAUCUGCGCAAGCUGGCGGUCAACAUGGUUCCCUUCCCUCGCCUGCACUUCUUCAUGCCCGGUUUUGCACCCCUCACCAGCAGGGGGAGCCAGCAGUACCGCGCCCUCACCGUACCUGAGCUCACUCAGCAGAUGUUCGACGCCAAGAACAUGAUGGCGGCCUGCGAUCCGCGACACGGACGCUACCUCACGGUGGCGGCUAUCUUUCGUGGCCGCAUGUCCAUGAAGGAGGUGGACGAGCAGAUGCUGAACGUGCAGAACAAGAACAGCAGCUACUUUGUGGAGUGGAUCCCGAACAACGUGAAGACGGCCGUGUGCGACAUCCCGCCGCGAGGCCUCAAGAUGUCCUCCACCUUCAUCGGCAACAGCACGGCGAUCCAGGAGCUCUUCAAGCGCAUCUCGGAGCAGUUCACCGCCAUGUUCCGCCGCAAGGCCUUCCUCCACUGGUACACGGGCGAGGGCAUGGACGAGAUGGAGUUCACCGAGGCCGAGAGCAACAUGAACGAUCUGGUGUCCGAGUACCAGCAGUACCAGGACGCCACCGCCGAAGAGGAGGGAGAGUUUGAGGAAGAGGGCGAGGAGGAGAUGGGCUAAAUGUGCUCCGUUAGUGUGCAUUUGUUCCGUGUUCGGUCGAGCUAAUGAGGGUCACCGUUCAGUGUGAAACACUUUCAUCCUCUUACUUUUCCAUACAAAACAAACCAGCAAAUAAAUGUUUUCAGAUGUUUGUUUGUUUCUUCCUUUUUUUAAUGUCUCGCUGGCUCAUUUUUUUGUCCAUUUCGGUGACAGCAUUACUUGCGAUUACAUUAUUGUUUUACAGCAAAAUUACAAAGGUUGUCUGUUUACGAUGGUAUGUAGAAGUCAAGGGUAGGGAAGUCUUGAAGGAAAAAGAUUGUAAUAUUUAAGAAGUGGCUAUUGCAUCAUCAUUGUGGAUGCGUGACGUAGCUUAUUUAAAGUAGGGGGUGUAGUGCGUGUUGUGACCACUAGGUGGCGGGGUUUUCUCACUAAGAGGCCCUCGGUCUGAACGAUGAAUACAGUACAAAUUGUUUCAGCUUCAAUUAAUAUCUACUUGUCCAGAACCAGACGUUUUUUUUAAGAAAAUUUUGUUAAUCUUUUAAUGUUUAAUUUAGUCAACCAAAUGUCGUAAAAGAAUCUCUACUCUUUCAACCCAAAGUUGGUGAAAAGUAAAUGCCACUUUUAGAAAUGAGGGCCAUUUAAAAAUGUUAGACCUGGUAAGAGAUGUUGGCAACUUUUGUUCUGGUCUGCAAAGUUUGCAGUCCCCUUUUUUUUUUUUUUUUUUUAGCAGUUCCAUUCAGUAAAUUAACUCAACCUUAAUCUUUCACUCUUCUCCAGCCCACCACACCUUUUGCUGUAGUUCGUUCACCCUCUUCAUACCGAACAUUUCCUAUUUAUUGCCUUGGGGAAAAAUGUGAUGUAUCUGUUUUUAGGGAAAACAUUGUUUUUUUUUUUGCAAACUCAAAUAAGCAACAAGCUGUCAGUUUUUGAAAAAGCCAGACCUUACAGUGUGGUUUCUUCCGAUGGUGUUUCAGUCAGACCUCUUGGUGUUCUGCACUCUUUUUUUUUUAUUAGCGUUCUUUGAUAAUGUUUUGGAGCUCUGUUAAAAUCUUAUUCCUAUUCUAUUUUUCUAUUAACAUUUUUCCCUGUCGUCAUAUACAGACCAAUAUUUCAAUCAAGUCUAUUCAUUCUGGAGCUCUGUUUCUGUGGGUGGGCAGGGUUUCCAAAGCCAGGGGAAUUAAAAUUGGUCUCUAACGAGCAGCAGUUGGACGAAUUUUAAAGAUUUCCUAAAUUAUAUAUGAUAGCAGAGGUAAUUAUCCAACAGUGUGGAUUACACCCACUGUCUGCUAUUUUAAUAUUUCAUGUCGCAUUACAGCAGUUAUCCUUUAUGUGUUGGUGUGUAUUUCAAUGUCGCUCCAAUUUAUAGGAGCACAAGUCUUUCAAUUUAUAAAAUAGCAGCUCUUGUGAUUUUUUUUGUUUGCUUUUUACAUUUUGGCUCUCAUUUCGGGCUGUGACGUACACACCCAAUAACAAGUAAACACAAUGGUUGCAGUAAUUAUGCUCAUUAACCGUUUAAGACAGCCUUUGAGAAUUCCCGGCAUCGAGGGAUUUAUGCUGUGCUGUGCUUGGCUGCCUUGGCUUGUCAUUAAAUGGGAAGUUCAAUUUGGGCUGUGUGUCGCUUCAUCUGGUGCGUCAGGUGUAAAUCAGGAGCUUAUUGACUGGUGACUCUAGAAUCUGCAUGGCUGCCCAUACCCAGCAAGGACUGCCACUACCUACCCCUGGUUAAGGUCCGAAUUUCAUGUCGUUG